AUGGAUCAAAUGGAACAAAAUCAUGCUGCACUUAGGGUAGAUGUCGACGACAUGAAAGAAAAGAUGGACAAGAUGUUUGAGCUCAUGCAGAAUAUGGCCAACAAGCCCCAGCCUGUGGUAAACCAACCUUGGCCUACUUACGGUCUUCCUCCCGGCUACGUACCUCCAGAAGAUGAUAGCAAUGGUCCCCCUCCACCUCCAUUGGUACCUGUCGCCAUACCAGUUAUAAAUGGUGGCAACAACUCUCAAGGAGUUUCAACUGGUCCGAACGGGGACGCAUCACAUGCCACUGAGGAUGUCCAAUUAGGUUGCCCAACGCCAAACCAAGCAACUGUUGUUAUUGCUCAUUCUGAGGAUGAAUCUACACAAAAGUACAAGGUCUUGGAGGAAAGACUAAGAGCCAUUGAGGGCUUUAGCGCUUUUGGAAUUGAUGCUUUAGAUAUGUGUUUGGUGCCAGACGUGGUUGUACCACCAAAAUUCAAGACACCGGAUUUUGAAAAGUACAAGGGCCUCCAAUGCCCAAAGAUUCACCUAAAAAGGUUCUGUACCAAGAUGUCUGCACAUGUGACCAAUGAGAAGUUAAUGAUGCACGUGUUCCAAGAUAGUUUAAGUGGAGCAUCUCUAGAUUGGUAUAUGCAAUUAGAGAGAGCCCAAAUCCAAACUUGGAAAGAUUUGAUGGAAGCUUUUCUGACACAGUACAAAUACAACAUAGGUGUGGCUCCCACUCGUAUGCAAUUGCAAGGGAUGUCACAAAAGAGUGGAGAAUCAUUCAAGGAAUACGCACAAAGGUGGAGAGAGGUAGCUGCUAGAGUACAACCACCCUUGUUGGAAAAAGAACUGGUUGAUACCUUUAUGAGUAUGCUGCAAGGGGCGUACUAUGAAAAGAUGAUAGGAAGCAUUUCCUCAAAUUUUGCUGAUCUAGUCACCAUAGGGGAGCGCGUGGAAGAGGGCAUUAAGAAUGGAAAGAUUCAAGGCGUUGCUAAUUCUCAAGUUGGGGUCAAGAAGUUCUUUGGUGGUCCUCCAAAAAAGAAAGAAGGCGAAACUAAUGCUGUUUCAGAAAAUGCAUCAAAAAGGCCUCCGGCUCAGUUGCCUUACCUGCAAUAUCCUUACGUAGCAGAUGUAGCUCAAGGGCAGUAUCAACAACCAACUUAUCAUAUGCAUCCACCACAACAGCCAUUUGUGAUGCCUCCACAAAAUCAACAGCCGCAACAAAAUCAAUAUCAGCUAAGGAACCAGCUCGUGCCACGUAACAACUACGAAAAGAAGGCCCCAUGUUUUGAUCAUGUACCAGUGCCGUACGGACAAAUCCUACCUUACCUUCUUCAAAAGGGUAUGGUAGAGCCAAAACCUCUAGCCCCUAUGAUACCACCUUACCCACCUUAUUAUGAUGCAAGCGCAAAGUGUGAUUACCACGCCGGAUCACCCGGGCACAAUAUUGAAAAUUGCAAGGCUUUCAAAUACAAGGUACAAGAGCUUCUUGAUCGCAAGCUGAUAUCUUUCAAAGAAGAGAGUCCAAAUGUAAAGACCAAUCCUUUGCCGGGCCAUGCGAGUUCAUCAGUUAAUGCUAUUGAGGAAGUAGAAGAGCUGGAAUUGGUAAAGGAGGUGUCUAAGAUAAAAACCCCUUUGUCGAUGGUGAAAGAAAAGUUGAUUGGUUUUGAUCUAUUUGAAAAGCUACACUCUAGUUGUAAAGAUUGUUUGGUGAACCUUAAUAAUUGCCAAGGAAUGAAAGAAAGCCUACAAAAACUAAUGGAUCAAGGUUUGGUCCAAAUUGGUUACUCAAGGAAGAAUGCCGAUAUUUCUGUUGUAGAAUCCCAAGGCCUAGAACCUUUUGAAAUCCCUUAUCAAAGAACAAAGGUUCAAAUUUCGAUAAAGAAGAUAGACCCAGUGGUAUUUCAUGUUCCUGCACCAUUCUCCUUCAAAAGUACCAAGGAGGUACCGUGGAAUUACUUGCCCACUGUAUCUGUCGGAGGGGAACCUAUCGUUAAUGUGGAGCCUGUCAUUGACAACAUUGUUGGAAUAGGAGGAAUGACAAGAAGCGGAAGAGUUUUCUCGCCAAAUCAACCAAAUAGAAGCAUUGUGAGUGCACCUGCCGAACCCAUUAAGGGAAAAGACGUGGAAGGGCUUGGAAUGGAAGUUGGACAAUCCAAGAAAAUGGUGCCUCAAGGAGAAGCUGAAGAGUUCUUGAGAAUCAUCCGAAAGAGUGAUUACAAGAUCAUUGAUCAGCUCGGGCAAACCCCCUCGAAAAUCUCCAUGUUAUCUUUGCUAUUGAGUUCUGAGGCUCAUAGGGAUACCUUGUUGAAGAUCCUUAAUGAAGCCCAUGUAGCGAAAGACAUCACGGUGGAUCAGUUCGACGGAGUAGUUGCUAAUAUUACCACAAGCCGGUAUCUAGGAUUCAAUGAAGAUGAGUUGCCAUCUGAUAGUCGUGAUCAUAAUAAAGCCCUGCAUAUAUCGGUCAAGUGUCUAAACAACAUUUUGUCUAAAGUAUUGGUAGACACUGGUUCAUCCUUGAACGUCAUGCCCAAGACAACCCUUAACAAAUUAGCAAGUGAAGAAGCAUCAAUAAGGCCAAGCUCUCUAAUAGUGAAGGCCUUUGAUGGGUCCAAAAGAGCAGUCAUGGGAGAAGUUGAUUUACCAAUCCAUAUUGGUCCACAACUUUUCAUUAUCACCUUCCAAAUCAUGGACAUCAAUCCCGCUUAUAGUUGCUUACUUGGAAGACCUUGGAUUCAUGCUGCUGGGGCAGUCACCUCCACUCUGCAUCAAAAGCUAAAAUUCAUAGCCGACGAUAAGGUAAUUGUAGUAUCGGGACAAGAGGAUAUGAUGGUGAGCCAUCUCUCAUCCUUUCGAUACAUAGAAGCAGAUGAAGAAAUUGCUGAGGUCCCUUUUCAAGCGCUUGAAAUUGCUAGUGCUACUACCUUGCAGGAAAAGCGCAAGUCUAGCAAGAAGAGUGGGUUGACCAUGACUUCAUGGAAAGCUAUGAAAGAAGCUUUGGAAGAAGGAAUUCCAUCAGGCUGGGGCAAAGUGCCAGAAGUUUGCGAGAAGAAGGAUCGCUUUGGGCUGGGAUACCAACCAACAACAAGAGGAAUAUUGGGAGCUGCUCAAAGGAAAAUGGGCACCCUUCAAGAGACGUUCCGUAGUGCGGGAUUCAACUACGAGGGCCAUGUGGCGAUGUUGAAUGAUGAAGAAGAAGACACACCCGACUUGGUGCAUCAGUGUGCUCCAGAUGAAGUCCUCCGCAAUUGGAAAGCCUGGGAGAUUCCGGAAUCAUCCUCAUGCAGAUCCACCAAUAGACCCAUUGAAACUAACACCGCUAUGAUCCCUGUCGACUUCGAAUUUCCAAUCAACCAAGCCGAAGAAGGUGAUGAAGACGAUUCUGAGCUUCCCGAAGGGCUAGCCCGUCUCUUGGAACAAGAAGAGAAAGAGAUUCAACCGCACCAAGAACCUAUAGAAGUAAUCAACUUGGGGACUGAUGAGGAUAAGAAAGAGAUCAAGAUAGGAGCCUCUUUACAAGAAGGUGUAAAAAGAAGACUGGUCAAUCUGCUACAAGAGUACGUGGACGUGUUCGCUUGGUCAUAUCAAGAUAUGCCGGGUUUGGACACCGACAUAGUCGUACAUAAGCUACCGCUUAAACCCGAGUGUCCGCCAGUAAAGCAAAAGUUGAGAAGAACAAGGCCCGAUAUGGCUCUUAAGAUUAGAGAAGAGGUUAGAAAGCAAUUUGACGCAGGGUUUCUAGCAGUAUCCAAGUAUCCACAAUGGGUAGCUAACAUUGUGCCAGUCCCAAAGAAAGAUGGAAAAGUCCGAAUGUGUGUAGAUUAUCGAGACUUGAACCGUGCAAGCCCAAAAGAUGACUUCCCUCUACCUCACAUUGAUGUUUUAGUGGACAACACAGCUCAAUAUUCAGUUUUCUCCUUUAUGGAUGGCUUUUCGGGAUACAACCAAAUCAAGAUGGCUCCGGAAGACAUGGAGAAAACCACAUUCAUGACCCCAUGGGGAACCUUUUGUUAUAAGGUUAUGCCUUUCGGCUUGAAAAACGUCGGGGCAACGUAUCAAAGAGCAAUGGUGACUCUCUUCCAUGACAUGAUCCAUAAGGAAAUAGAGGUGUAUGUUGAUGACAUGAUCGCUAAAUCCCAAGAGGAAGAAGACCACUUGAUCCAUUUACAAAAACUUUUUGCUCGCUUAAGAAAAUUCAAGUUACGACUAAACCCCAACAAGUGCACUUUUGGGGUCAGGUCAGGGAAGUUAUUGGGAUUUAUUGUCAGUCAAAGGGGAAUUGAAGUAGAUCCCGACAAAGUCAAAGCUAUACAAAAUAUGCCUGCACCAAAGACUGAGAAAGAGGUGCGUGGAUUUUUGGGGAGAUUGAACUACAUUGCCCGGUUCAUUUCACAUCUUACUGCCACGUGUGAACCAAUCUUCAAGCUAUUAAGAAAGGAUCAAGCCAUUGAGUGGAAUGAAGACUGCCAAAGGGCAUUUGACAAGAUUAAGGAAUACUUGCAGGAACCACCAAUCUUGACACCUCCAGUUCCUGGGAGGCCCCUCCUUAUGUAUCUGACAGUACUAGAAGGGUCAAUGGGUUGUGUGCUAGGGCAGCAAGACGAAACUGGAAGGAAAGAACAUGCAAUCUACUUCCUAAGCAAGAAAUUCACAGAAUGUGAGUCGAGGUACACCGCACUCGAAAAAACCUGCUGCGCAUUAGCAUGGGCUGCCCGACGCCUAAGGCAAUACAUGUUAACCCACACCACUAUGCUGAUAUCAAAGAUGGACCCGAUAAAGUACAUCUUUGAGAAGCCAGCACUCACAGGAAAGAUUGCACGCUGGCAAAUGUUAUUAUCAGAGUACGACAUCCAAUAUGUCACUCAGAAGGCAAUUAAAGGGAGUGUGUUGGCUGAACAUCUUGCCCAUCAACCAUUGGAGGAGUACCAACCUAUACAGUUUGACUUCCCGGACGAAGACAUCAUGGUCGUGAGUGACAAAGAAGCCAUAGGGGAUGACGAAGGACCUGAACCGGGCGCUCGGUGGAAACUUGCUUUUGACGGAGCUUCAAAUGCUAUGGGGCACGGAGUUGGAGCUGUCUUAAUAUCACCAAGAAAUGGAUAUACCCCUUUCACAGCAAGGUUGUGCUUUGACUGCACGAAUAAUGUGGCGGAAUACGAAGCAUGCAUCAUGGGUCUCGAAGCAGCCAUUAAUCUGAGGAUCAAAAUUCUAGAAGUGUAUGGGGACUCAGCUUUGGUCAUUUGCCAAGUGAAAGGAGAAUGGGAAACACGACAUCCCAAAUUGAUCCCAUACCGAGCCCACGUAGUGAAACUGAUGGAAUACUUUGAUGAAAUCACAUUUCAUCAUAUUCCUAGAGAGGAAAAUCAAGUAGCAGAUGCUCUAGCCACAUUAUCAUCAAUGUACCAAGUGAGGUCCCACAAUGAAGCACCUAUCAUAAAAGUGGAGCGUAGAGAUGAACCGGUCGUAUGCACAAUAGUUGAAGAGGGACUUGAUGGGAAACCUUGGUUUCACGACAUUAAACGAUACCUCGAGAAGCAAGAAUACCCGGAAAACGCCUCAUCCAAUGACAAGAAAACCUUGAGAAGAUUGGCAUCACAGUUCUUCUUAAAUGGAGAUGUACUCUACAAGAGAAAUCAUGACAUGAUCCUACUCAGAUGUGUGGAUAAGCGUGAAGCAGAGCUUCUGAUUACGGAAAUUCAUGAGGGUUCUUUUGGAACACAUGCCAAUGGGCACGCAAUGGCAAAGAAAAUCCUAAGGGCAGGUUAUUAUUGGCUAACCAUGGAAGCCGACUGUUUUCGUUACGUCAAGACAUGCCACAAAUGCCAAAUCUAUGCCGAUAAAGUGCACGUGCCACCAACUCCUUUGAACGUCUUAACAGCGCCAUGGCCUUUCUCUAUGUGGGGAAUAGACAUGAUUGGAAUGAUCGAGCCAAAGGCCUCUAACGGACACCGAUUCAUCCUAGUUGCAAUCGAUUAUUUCACCAAAUGGGUUGAAGCAGCCUCUUAUGCAAAUGUGACAAAACAAGUGGUAGUCCGGUUCAUAAAAAAGGAGAUAAUUUGCCGCUAUGGAAUUCCCAACAAGAUUAUCACAGAUAAUGGGUCGAAUCUUAAUAACAAGACAAUGAAAGAAUUGUGCGGGGACUUCAAAAUUGAACACCAUAAUUCGUCACCUUACCGACCAAAGAUGAACGGCGCCGUAGAAGCAGCCAACAAAAACAUCAAGAAAAUCAUUCAAAAGAUGGUGAAAAACUACAAGGACUGGCACGAAAUGCUCCCUUACGCCUUGCAUGGCUAUAGAACGACGGUCCGCACUUCCACUGGGGCAACUCCUUUUUCCCUGGUAUAUGGCAUGGAGGCAGUACUUCCUAUUGAAGUGGAAAUCCCUUCAUUAAGGGUCUUAAUGGAAACCAAAUUGGAAGAAGCUGAGUGGGUUCAAACGAGGUUUGAUCAACUAAACCUCAUCGAAGAAAAGCGCCUGACGGCAUUGUGCCAUGGCCAAUUGUAUCAAAAGAGGCUCAAAAAGGCAUUUGACAAGAAGGUUCGUCCUCGAGAGUUCCACGAAGGAGAUCUAGUGUUGAAGAAGAUACUACCCAUUCAUAAGGAUCCACGUGGAAAAUGGACACCUAACUACGAAGGGCCAUAUGUUGUGAAGAAAGCUUUCUCAGGCGGAGCUUUAAUCAUCACCACCAUGGAUGGAGAAGAGCUCCCGCUUUCGGUGAACGCCGACGCAGUCAAGAAAUACUAUGCCUAAAAAAAAAAAAAAAAGAA